CCUAGGUAGAGGCAGAUAUUUCUCUGGGCACAAUGAGAUUAUAUCUGCUGGACAAAACUCCACAUUGGCUACAGGAAGGCCAUACGGCCAGUAAACAUUCUGCUAGCUCCAUUCUGUUGCCCACGCUCAGUAAAGGACUUACCAGAAGAAUUUAAUUUUAGGAAUACCUGAUGUCACCACAGUAUUCAAAGGACCCAAAGAUAUUUAGCCAACUUUGCAACAUGUUUGGUGUAAGAUUUUUAGGGAAUGGCUUGGAAACCGAUCUUGACUACAAUCAUUGGCACAAACAACGAAAAAUUAUAGACUCAGCAUUCAGUCGAAAUUACUUGAUUGGUUUUAUGGAGAUCUUUAAUGACCAAGCAGAAGACCUCAUGAAAGUGCUGAAUGAAAAAGCAGAUGGAGAGAUGGAAGUGGAUAUGAUGAGCCUGUUCAGACGGUUGACCCUGGACAUCAUUGCAAAGGUGGCAUUUGGCCUGGAACUAAACACUCUACACUGUGACCAAACACCUUUUCCUCAUGCAUUUACCAUGGUCAUGAAGGGGGUGAGCAAGGCACGAAAUCCAUUUUUCCAGUAUCUGCCGGGGAAUAGAAAAGAGAUACAGGAGGUUCGUGAAAGUCUCAGAUUGCUACGUCGGACUGGAAAGGAGUGUAUCACACAAAGGCGGAAGGCCAUCCAGAAUGAUGAACCUGUCCCAUUAGAUAUUCUCACCCAGAUAUUGAAGAGUGCAGAUCAGGAGGAAUCUGAUGAUGAAAAUAUGAUAGACAACUUUGUCACCUUUUUUGUGGCAGGUCACGAGACCACUGCCAGUCAAUUAUCUUUUACUAUCAUGGAAUUAGCACGGCAGCCAGAAAUAGUUGCAAAACUUCAGGCUGAAGUCGAUGAAGUUAUUGGUGUGAAGAGAGACAUUGCCUACCAAGAUCUGAGGAAACUGGAAUAUUUAACACAGGUCCUCAAAGAAAUCCUACGGUUAUACCCACCAGUUUCAGGCACUAUGCGCUGGACAGAGAAGAAAAAUGUAAUUGAAGGAAUUGAAAUUCCAGCAAACACCACCCUAUUUUUCAAUACCUAUAUCAUGGGACGCAUGGAUAGAUACUUCAAGGAUGCUCUAACCUUUGAUCCUGAUCGAUUUAGCAAAGGCAAAUCAAGACCUUAUUUUUCCUAUUUUCCAUUUUCGCUGGGACCUCGUUCAUGUAUUGGACAGUUAUUUUCUCAGAUGACCAUGCUUUUGGCAAUGAACUUAACCUUCAUGUGACGGCUUGUUCCUAGAACUCAUACUACGUUAUCAUACUUGGAAAUGCCCAAUAGGCAAGGAAAGUGGCAAAACCUGGGGAAAUUUCUUAGAUUUGUAAGAAUAUAAUUUCGUAGAAUUGGAAGAAUGAAAUAUGGAGAUAUUUCUAUUUGAAUUCUGUUGUGGAAUAUGCAUAGGGCUACAUUAUACAUCUAGGAAAUAAGAUAUGACAGAGGUGACUACUUAAACCACUAAAUCAUGAACAUUUUUUAUGUUGUUAAGUCUUUUAAUUGCUCUUUUAUUGUUCCUUUGUCCACAUCACAAUUAACGCAUCAUUUCUUAGCUUUCUGAUUUAAUAUUUGCAUAAAUGAUGUAAGGGUUUUGAUUAUAUGAUUGUGUUCUGAUAUUUAUUCCUUAAUAUUUCUAAAGUAUCAGACAUAUGUAUGGGGAGGGGGAUCAUAUUGCGCUCUACAUGGGGCUGCCCCUGAAAAGUGUUCGUAGACUACAAUUGGUCCAGAAUGCAGCCG